AUGGCACUCAGAGACUUCAUCCUUCAUCAGAGCUCGAAAUAUCCGCAUUUUUGUUUGAUAGCCUUCUGGAACUUGCAAGCCUAUGUCUUUGAAUUAAAGAAUGAACCUGACUCAUAUUCGUUUCACGUCGUUCGCCACUUUGUGAACAGUCUUCAGAGCAUCAUGUUCAAUCAGACUCAAUUUACUGACGACGCAAUUCGUGAAAAUCUUCAGCCAGCGUUGGUUAUGUGUGCAUCGAUCAUUUCAAGUAUCGCCAUGCCUCAGGUACACAAUUAUGUCAGGCCAUUGAUUGUCUCACAAGGAAAACAAGAGAAGUCGCUACUCUUUCGCUUGGCAAACUUUCAUAAGUCACUUACGAGGAACCUUACCUUGAAAAAUAGGGGAAGUUCAGGCAACACUGGGGGUGGUCGCACGGAGGAUUCGGGUGAUGAACAGGAAGACGUUUCGAGGGCUAAAAACAGAUUCUCGGAAUCAAUGGUGGUAACUGAGAGGCGCUUAUCGAGAGCAUCGUCCGUUCUGAGCUACGAUUUGGAUCGUGACUACAAUAGUGACUAUUCCCAUGAUCAUGCUACCACGAAACCCACAAACUUGAAGAAAAAACCGCUACUUUUACGAAAAAGUACUGAAGAAGCAUUCAUACACGGCCGUCUCAAAGAAGAACUAUUGCAUUUAGAGGAAGAGAAGCUCACCUCCCAUUCAAUGCCCGAAUUGAUAAGAAAUUCAAGAGAAUCGUCCUUUGACGUGUUAACGCCUACACUUUCCAACUCAUCGACGGGGUCGUUAGCAUCUGAAAGACGCUUUAAUGAGGGCACUCUUAGAGCAAACCUCGAAAACUCGAGUAAGCUUUUACAAGUCAACUACUUCAAGAAAGAGACAGAAUUCAUGAUGAUAUUACAAAAUAUUUCUUCAAGAUUAUCUCAAGUGCCAAAAGAAGCCCGUUUAUCGACUUUGCGAGCUGAGCUUUCCAUCACUAAUAGCUCGCUUUUACCAUCUCAGGUAGAUAUUCCACAAAUGCUACCAAUCAGCAGCUCACCCAAUAAAAGAUACCAUCGCAUACUUAAGUUGAACGUCAACGAGGCUUGCGUCUUGAAUUCAGCUGAGAGAGUGCCAUUCUUGCUUUUAAUUGAGUACCUCAGUGAGGACAUGGAUUUUGAUCCUUCCACGAACAAUAACCGAUCUAUUCUUGACAAAGAUGGGAAACUCAGGACUAUUCCAAAGUCAACAAUUUAUUCCAAGGCUAGCGACGAAGAGAAAAAUAAUCUAGAGGAGAACAAUAGUCAACUCAUUGACGAGACCGACCUUGGUGACAUCUCUGUCGUGGCAUUGUCAAAUGAGCAAUCGCAAUUCCUGAAUCAUUUGAGAGCUAGGAUGUCGGAACGAUUUGGCAGUGAAACCACUUCAGAUGCUCACAUCCGUGGCGUGCCUUUAGAAACAGAAUUCUUCAAUACCAAGAAUAGCGGAGACCAUAGCGAUGGAAAGUCGCAAGGUCAGGUGUCAACGAAAGAUGUAUCGUCCCAAGUUCGUAUUGCGGCAUUGAUGCUUCGUCAGUUAGAGAAAUCGGGUCAUGCGAAUCUGCCUCAACUGGGGGCUAUAAGAUCAAGAAUCAUCAAAUCAAUGAAAACCCUACAAGAUCAGUUCGAAAGCAUUGACUACCAACAAAUCAAAGAAAUCAGCGCGAAUCAUGACCCAGAUCAGGACGCCGGUGAGCGAAAGCUCGAAAAUGACUUCAAGAUCGGAGAGGAUUGGGUAACAAAGAAAGCGAGAAUAAGGAAAACAAGCCCUUAUGGACAUUUGCCCAAUUGGGAUCUUUGUUCUGUCAUUGUGAAAGACGGCGACGAUUUGCAGCAGGAAGCAUUUGCCUGUCAACUUAUUGCUGUCAUGUCCAACAUUUGGAAAACACACCAAGUCGGUGUUUGGACAAAGGCCAUGAAGAUUGUUGUGACGAGCUACAACUCUGGAUUGGUAGAGACAAUUAACAAUGCUUUAUCGGUGCAUUCUAUCAAGAAGACCAUGACGGAGCUUUCGAUAAAAAGUAACGAAAAUCCUCGCGGAACGGUCGCUUCGUUAAAAGAUUAUUUCCUCAAGGUUUAUGGCGAUGAACGCUCUUCAAAAUACAUUAGAGCACAGGAGAAUUUUGCUAGAAGUUUGGCCGCUUAUUCCAUCAUUUGCUAUCUUCUUCAGAUAAAGGAUCGUCAUAAUGGUAACAUCAUGCUUGACAAUGAAGGUCAUAUCAUCCAUAUCGAUUUUGGUUUCCUCCUCUCGAAUUCACCUGGAAGUGUGGGUUUUGAGGCUGCGCCUUUCAAACUUACCAUGGAGUAUAUCGAUGUGUUAGGCGGGGCUGAGUCACGUUACUAUAAAUUGUUCAAAGCACUUUGCAAGGAUGCUUUCCUAGCCGUAAGGAAGGAGAGUGAUCAAAUCGUGAAACUUGUGGAAAUGAUGCUGAAAGAUUCUUCACUUCCUUGUUUUAAGAAUGGACCACAGACUAGUGUUUUGUUACAGCAAAGGUUCCAACCCGACCUUAGUGACGAGGAUUGCAGAGAUUACGUUGAAAAUUAUUUAAUCGGGAGAAGCAUAGGAAGCAUGUACACAAGGCUCUACGACCAAUUUCAGUUACUCACGCAGGGAAUUUACAGUUGA